AUGCCAAAUUACUGUCUAGUCAUGAGCUAUUAUGGUCACACACCACUGUAUCAUGCAAGUGUAAAAGGGCAUCUGGAGACGGUUAGGUAUCUUCUUGAAAAGGGUGCCAAUGCUGAUGCAUCAACUGAUACGAAUUACACUCCUUUGCAUUGUGCUGCUAAGACAGGUGAUACUGAGAUAAUAAGCUUGUUACUUUCAAGGGGUGCUCGCGUAGAUGUUGAAUGUACAUCUGGCACUGCCCUUCAGAGGGCUGCUUGUUGUGGUCAUCGAGAUGCUGUUAAAGUUUUGUUGGAUCACGGUGCAAAUCCUAAUGUCGUUACCUCUAAGGGUAUGUCUAGGCCACUAAUGUCGUUGAUUCUUGGCAAGUCAUGGGAAAUUAUGGAGCUUUUACUACAGGCAGGUGCUGAUCCAAAUGCUGUAUCAUGUGGAAAUACACCUCUGAUAUUUGCAGUAAGGGAUGGACGCGUAGGUGAUAUCAAGCGCUUACUGGAAGCUGGUGCGGAUCCAAAUUAUAAAAUGAAUGGGGGGUGA